AUGGCCAAUGUGGUUGGAAUUGCAUGGCAGAGCCCAUGCUCGGGGUUCCGGUCCUCGGGUGCGCUGCCAACAGUGAUUUCCCGCGCUUGGAGUCGCGACCUUCGCCCACAAUCAUACGAUUCGCUCAGCAAAGUAAAGCCCCUACGCUUGUCUAGCUCUUUCGGCACCCUCUCACGGCCCAGUCGCCUACCGCUGCUCUCCUCCCUACAACGCUCCGCACCUACCCCCUUCCAGACAAGAUCAAAACGAACUACCGCUGCCCGCAAGCAGCCCCGAAAGACAAACGGCAAUCUACCCGGCGCAAAGACCCUGUCCGAUGCCGAAAUCAAAGAUAUUUUCGCCACAUCAAUUCCCACCGGAUUAGCCAAUCGCACUCUGGCAGUCUUGCAUGCUCGGAGGCUGGAGGGUACACUUGAUUUAGAUCUCCCGGUCGAGAUCACUCGCUCCGUUACUCAGUCCCAACUCGACGCCGCAUUGCAAUGGCUUCGCGUGAAAUACCCCGUUGAUGAGGAUGCUGCGAUCAUGGCUCGUAUUGACCGGGAAGAGCAAGAGGCGGAACAGAAGCUUGUGCGGCGUGCUGAGCAAUUGGGUCUUUAUAAGCCACAGAGCGGAUCGUACGAGGCCGAGCUUGGCGAAAACAAUUCCGUCUACGGCAAGAGUGUUCUUAAAGAAGCACGCGAGAAGAAUGAAAAGCGACUUUUGAAGGAACAAGAGCUCAAGCGACAAGCGUGGUUAGAUGGUGAACAUGAGGAACGCGAAAGACUGCAACGCCAGUUCGAAGGAAAUACAGAGUUGCAGCAAUACCAAGAGUCGGCUUUAACGGAGGCGCGUCCGCGGGCGGACCCUAAUGAACGGCCGCUUCUCGCUUGGGUUCAGAAACAUCAUAUUGCUGCCACCCAGAAUUCGCCUGAGGAUGCUAAUAUAACUACGACCCAGCGCUUGUUACCCUCCAUACUGCUCACUCUCGGUGUCUUUGGUCUCUGUUACGUAUUUGCGCAGAACUACGAGGCCCCUUCCAGACAGGACCGUCUUUGGCCCACUGUUCCCCCCGCAGCAGCGACAGUUGGAGCUAUUAUUGGCGCUAAUGUGGCAGUCACUAUUAUGUGGAAGUAUAUUCCACCCUCGUGGCGCCUUCUCAACCGAUUCUUUGUCAUCGUUCCAUUCUACCCUAGCGCACUUAGCAUCAUUGGCAGCACCUUCAGCCAUCAAACAUGGAGACAUCUCGCUACAAACAUGAUGGUGCUGGGCCUAAUGGGAACUCGGGUGCACGAUGAGCUUGGUCGCGGAAAUUUCCUUGCUAUCUAUUUCGCAUCUGGAGCAGCCGGAUCCCUGCUAUCCCUGUCCCGCAGCGUUUUAAUAGGAGCCCUUGGGACAACCUCUCUCGGUGCCAGUGCCGCCACCAGUGGCAUUGUUGCUGCAUGGUGCAUGUAUCACUUUGAUGAUAAAAUUACUAUGUGGAUCCUUCCUCAUGAGCUACGCAACAUCAUUUGGACUCAGGGCUGGGUAUUUCUGGCCUGCUUGAUUGGCACCGAAGUGUUGAGUAUGGUUACUCCUGCUCGAUUCCUGCAAGUUUUCCCCUUGUCCCGACUCAUGAAGAUGGAUCACGCGGCCCAUCUCGGUGGGUACUUUGCUGGUGCUGGAUGUGGUUAUUUCCUAGCCCAAAAAAGGAUCGCCCGCGAUCGAGAGAGAAAAAGUCGAGAGUCGAAGUGGUUUUAG